CCCCAGUUGUGUUCCGCAUGCAGAUGGAAAUCAGCAAGUGCGCGGUGAUCACGGGAGGGGCCCAGGGGAUAGGGAGAGCACUGGCCGAGGAACUGCUGGAACAACAUCAUAAGGUGUGUAUUUUGGAUAUAAAUAAAACAACAGGAGAGAAGACACGAGAUGAACUUUUGCAGCAAUAUGGAGAGAACACGAUUUUCUUUUUCGUUUGUGAUGUGACGAGGAAACAGGAUAUAAAGAAUGCAGUCGAGCUGUGUGUAGAGUCCUUAGGCCGUAUAGAUAUUUUCAUUAACAAUGCUGGGAUUGUCAACGAGUUCAACCCUGAAUUAUCCGUCAAUGUGAAUCUGACUUCUGUUAUUAUUUCUUGUGGGAUAGUGGUUGAGUAUAUGCGUAAGGAUAAUGGUGGUAAUGGUGGGAUUAUCGUCAACGUCAGCUCAGUGGCAGGACUUUUAUCAGUACCGUUUAUGCCAGUUUACUGCGCGACAAAAAGUGGUAUUAUAGCCUACACAAAGACAUUAGCAAAAUCGCCGAAGACCGAGGGCCAAGGAAUUGUUUUAUGCUGUAUUUGUCCAGGAUUUACCGAUACAGCCAUUAUUCAGAAUCUGGAAGAUAAAGUUUUAGACGCUACAUUAGCCCAGAAAAUGUUGGAGCAAUAUGGCGUGUUAAAAGUGAAAACUGUUGUUGAUGGUGUGAUAAAGCUUUUAACAGAUCAGAAAAAUGGAGGAAUCUUAACAGUUACUUCUAAAGGAACAGAGUAUUUACCUGAGAAGCCUUGAGACCCGCCUUUAUUUAACUGCUGCUUGUUGAUUCAAUUGGAAAUGUCCUGUCAUGUUUUCUUACUCCAAUUAUCUACUACCAUUAUUUUUU